UCAACAUCCCUACAGACCGACAGACAGGCGGGUGCGGAGCAGAGCAGAUCAGCUGCCAUCUUCAUUGCUCAGUGUCCUCUCACCGCGGGCAGACGGACAGACGGGCCAGACAAACGAUCAGCCAGAACAAGCGAGUGACUGAGUGAGUGAGGCCAGGGAGUGGGCGAGUCAAUUGCCCGACACGAGUCGCAGCACCCAUCGCCAGGCGACCUGGAGAGGUCAGCUAACCCCCAAGACCGCAUCCUUACAUCCAACGUGGAGUUUGCGGUGGGCACACAUGUCGAUGGACAGAUGAAGAAGAUGAACAGAUGCAUCAUGGGUGGCUAUACCUGCGAAGGGUCGUUGGUUUGUGUGCGUUGCGUGUCGACAGUGGUUGUCGACUGCUAUGGCGCCAAACCUGAAUCGAGUGACACGACAGACAGACAGACAGACAGACGGCAGCGCGUGAGGAAAACAGCGCCUGCCUGCCUGUGCCGUUUGGGUGUAUGAGUGUGUGCGUGUACCUUUUGAGUGCGGUGUAUUCCGCACCAUGCAGGCAUAUUUGCUCCGGAUCUGUGCGCCAACUCGGGCGGCGCUGGUCGGCAGCGUCCUUGACACCCUGCCUCUCCUGCCCAACCCCAUCAAUCAACUGUUGUUGUGUCUUCCCUGUGUUGGCCCUCGCUCAUUGCACUCACCUUCCUUUCCUCGACAGUCCCACUCCACUCAUCCAACACCUCCCAUUGGACCGCCAGGUCUCAAAAUGCGAGAACAUACACUGAACUGAACGCACACCCACGCAGUCAGAAUGAGUGUGUCGUGUGAGAGUGCCGUGUUCGAUGCCCACCUUGCUGCCGUAGCCCAGAAGAGAGAGCUAGAUCGGUCGGCAU